CAUCCGAGCGGCACGGAGGCUACAAAACCUUUUUCUACACAGUACUUCGCUGGAACUCCCGGGCUACUUAUAACAGGGAAAUAACGCGCGAUUUAGCCUCCGCAAAUGCACGCAUGCGCAGAGCUGAACUGUUGCGCGCAUGUGACGUCACGGGCGUGCUUGUCUGGACUGUUCCCGGUUCGGGACACUAUUGCAAUGGCUGGAUUUAUUGUUUUGUCAGCAUCUUUAUAAGAUGGUAAACAUUGAAAGCAUUUGAAGACCUCAACUCUUUAUGUUUAUGUUAAACCUGUAAGAUUUUGCCACAGAAUCAAUGUCUUUGACUCCAGUGACAAAUUAUAUAUAUACACCCCUGAAUCAACUUAAGGGUGGUACAAUUGUCAAUGUCUAUGGUGUUGUGAAAUUCUUUAAGCCCCCGUAUCUAAGCAAAGGAACAGUGUUGGAGAUUGAACCCAGGGGCUUUUGUAUGCUAGGCCAUCACUCUAUCCUGAGCUGUACCUCCAUCACUCACCUUUAGUUUAAUAAAUUAUUGCUCGGUUGUAACAAUUGUGGACCAAACAAAUGUAAAGUUAACUUGUCUACUCUUCAGUGGAAACUAUGAAGCCCUUCCACGAAUUUAUAAAAUUGGAGACAUUGUUCGCUUUCACAGACUUAAGAUCCAAGUAUAUAAAAAUGAGCCUCAAGGUAUCACCAGCUCGGGCUUUGCAUCUUUGACCUUUGAGGGAACCUUGGGAGCUCCUGUCAUACCUCGUACUUCAAGCAAGUGUUUUCAUUUCACUGCUGCAGACCACAAAAUGGUAGAAGCCUUACGAAUUUGGUCCUCUACACACAUUUCACCUUCUUCAACCUUAGUACAGUUGUGUGAUGUUCAGCCAAUGCAGUAUUUUGAUCUGACUUGUCAGCUCUUGGGCAAAGCGCAAGUAGAUGGAGCAUCAUUUCUCCUAAAGGUAUGGGAUGGCACCAGGACACCAUUUCCAUCUUGGAGAGUCUCCAUUGAAGACCACGUUCUUGAGGGUGACUUAAAUCACAUUCGUCGGCUACAGAAUCUUACAAUAGACAUUUUAGUCUAUGAUAACCAUGUUCAAGUGGCAAAAUCCCUGAAGAUUGGAAGCUUUCUUAGAAUCUACAGCCUCCAUACCAAACUACAGUCAGUGACUUCUGAAAGCCAGGCACCAUUAAGUCUAGAGUUUCAUCUCCACGGAGGUACCAGUUACGGGCGGGGAGUCACAGUCUUGCCUGAAAGUAAUUCUGAUGUGGAUCAACUGAAAAAAGCUUUAGAAACUGCACAUUUGACAGCUGCUCAGCAUUCAGACGGCCUCUAUCAGUCAGACCACGAGGACAGCUAUCUCACCCUUUCAAGCUCUGGAUCAGUAUCAUUGUAUGAGGUAGAAAGAUGUCAACAACUGUCAGCUACAAUACUUACUGACCAUCAGUAUUUGGAGAAGACACCAUUAUGUGCCAUUCUGAAACAAAAAGCUCCUCAGCAAUAUCGAAUCCGAGCAAAACUAAGAUCAUAUAAGCCCAAAAGACUUUUUCAGUCUGUUAAACUUUAUUGUCCUAAAUGUCAUUCACUGCAAGAAGUGCCACAUGAGGACAAUUUGGAUGCAGUUUUACGAGAUGGUGCAACUAAAACCCCAGAUACCAAAUUACAAAAUACGCCCUUAUAUGAUUCACAAAUCUGGACCACUGAAGAUCAAGGAGGACGAAAAGUCGUUAUUCAUUUUGUAAAAUAUAAUGGUAUUCUCCCACUGUCAAAUGAAUGUCUAAUUUUGAUAGAAGGAGGUACGGUUGGUGAAAUCUGUAAACUUUCAAGUGAGUUUCAUAGCAUAAUUCCUGUGAAAUCUGGCCCUAAAGACCUGGAGCUCCUAGACCUUUCCGUACCAUUUCUUGUACAAGGAAGACUGUAUCACUAUGGGUGUAAGCAGUGUUCUAGUUUGAAACCAGUACAAAAUUUAAAUUCCCUUGUUGGUGAGACAUCAUGGAUUCCCUCUUCUGUGGCAGAAGUAUUGGGUAUUGUACCCCUGCAGCAUGUAUUUGUUAUGACAUUUACACUUGAUGAUGGAACAGGAGUAUUAGAAGCUUAUCUCAUGGAUUCUGACAAAUUCUUUCAAAUUCCAGCAUCAGAAGUCCUACGUGAUGAUGACCUUCAGAGAAAUAUGGAUUUGAUCAUGGAUAUGUUUUGUCCUCCAGGAACAAAAAUUGAUGCAUAUCCAUGGAUGGAAUGUGUUAUCAAGUCAUAUAAUGUUACAAAUGGAAUGGAGCAGCAAAUUUGCUAUCAGAUUUUUGACACUACAGUUGCAGAUGAUGUUAUCUAAUAUUGCCAUUCAAACUAGCAUGUGUGAAAUAUUGUAAUUUCAGGAAACUAUUACUUCCUAUUAGAUUAUUAUAAAACACUUAAGAGAUUUAGCUAAAUACCAGUCACAAUUUAAUUUUAACCACAGUUUUUCUUUAAAAUAAACAGACAUUGUGUUACCUUAAUGCCUUUUUGUAAAUAUGUUAAAAAUCUUCUGAUUGCUCAAAAUGUCCACCAUGAUGAAUUCCAGAGAUAAAAAAGAAAAGGUAUUUUGAAUAAAUAAGGACUGCAUUGUCAAUGGCUCUGA